AUGGGCUCUAAACCACAAAAAUUCUACCAGCUGCCACUUUACAGUGCAAGCAGCCUUCCAGCCCCAGUCUUACCAGAAAGACUUGCAUGUUCGCCAACCCUCGAUCUACUUGCUACAAUUGACCAGGAUAAUGCGCUCUUCAUUCGCCGAGCCAAUGGCGAACAGGUCUCCAAGCCUGCAAAAAGGCCAGGAGAAGAGGUUCUGGCCUUGAGAUGGAAGCCCGACGGCCAGUAUGUUGCCGCGGCAUGGAGUGAUGGCACUGUCCGGCUGAUGGGCAUCGAGUCCACCAAGACCCUCCACCAAAUACCUCGCCAUGGCGAUACCCAGGCGAAGGUCGAGUACUUGGGUUGGUCCCGGAAUUGGACUGGAAAAGCUCACUUACGCUCUCGCAAGAACCAAUCUGGUGCUACAGGAUUGGAUGGAAUGCUUGCGGGAGCUUUCGAUGAUCUUAGCCUGGAUGAGCAGAAGGACGUUGUGGACUUCCCCCGCGAGAUCACUUUCUUGGAGAUCGAGACAUCUUUACCAAAGAUCAGUCCACUUCCGGUAUCUGGCGGUACAGGUGAUGACACAUUUGUAUUUUCAUCCAGAGCCUCUUUGGAGUUCGUAUUCCGCGAGUUCAAGCCUGAAGAUGCAGAUCAGGUCGACGUCAUGAUCAUUGGUAUGGUUGAUGGAACCAUGCGGCUCACCAUCUACGACACCUUUGACGUAGGCGUCUUCAAGUACUCCGUCCCCAUAGGGUGCAAACCAUGGGCCACCACCAACACGCCCCCCCUUCGGCUUCUUUGUCAUGCUGCGCACCCAGCUGUGUCUACUCACUCGCUCCUCCUAAGUGAACAAGGUAAUACAGCUGUUGAUUCAGUUUAUCUUGUUCCAAUGGAUCUGCAUUUUGUCUACUCGUCGCCGAUCAAUCUCUCCCUGCUUGCCUCCAAGGUGACUAUAUUGCAAAAGUUACUGCGAUAUGUUCACCAGGCACAGGCGCAUAUGACUUCCGAGUGGGUUUCGACACGAGAGCUACCUUCAAGAUUCCUGGCAAAUGUACAAGAGGAUCUAAGGGAGGCUCCCGAAGGCCCAGUCGAUGUCAUACAGGCCCUGUACCAUACAGUCCUGACUGGACACGCCAAUCCGAUUCUAAAAGAGUGGUUGGUCGACAGCGUUGCCGAGCGUGGUCACAAACGGUGGGACAAGGCGGUGACAUCUGGUCUGGAGAACCUUCGUUCCUUAAUACAUGAGAAUAUGCUCCCCGCCCUCGAGCGCUGUGCCAUCAUUCUAGGCCGUCUUCUUGGAAUUGCCCGUUUCCACGAUGGUGGGAGGACCGAAAUUGGGUUUUCUGCGGCCAAGAUCACAAGAUUGAUUGAGAUUGUCUCGUGCUUGACGCUCGUGUGCCAUAAAGUACUCAACCAUGUCAUGGAUGAACUUGAGCUUUUCAGGAUCUUCUCUACAUGGCUACGCUUUCAAAUCGACAGAAUGGCAACAACGAGCAUGACGGACGAACUUUCAGAACGAGAGGCUACUAUGGACAAUGGCAAAGUCCUUCAGUACAUUUCACAGCACCUCACCAAAAGUCCUGCAGCCGUUUAUUUUGGCGGCAAGGACGAUGCCAACUUUCGACAUGAUGAAGAACGUAUAGACGACGGUGUACCACUGUUUGACCUGCUUGACACACAGAUUCGUCGGGCAGAGGACAACUUAUCGCACAUGCAAGCUUUCCCGAGGGUCGACUUUUUGGUAUUAUAUUUGAAGAACAAAGCGCAGAGUGUAUUCGAAGAUAUCGCCGAGGCUGAGAGGAGGAGUGUACGGUUCGGCACACCAACGUCACUAACCAUCGGCGGACCAAUUCGUAAGCACGAAAUGCAUGUUUGCCCACUUUAUCAGCAGAAUUCCGUUGAUGGACGGACGUACACCGCCAUGUCCUCUCAAGAGCGACAGAAUGAACUCCAUAUAUUCCGUACAAAGAUUAGCAUAAUCAACGGCAUCAGCAGCACAGUCACCACAGACGUGUACUCCGUAGCCUUGACCGGGGGAAGGGUGGUAGACUUUGGCUUUUUAAACGCAGAUGUUCUUCUAGUGCUAUGGCAUCCUGAUGGGGCGGUGCCUUUCUUGUUCCAUGUUUCGCUCAAGUCGCCUGGAGGUGACGUCUAUGUCCCUUAUAAGGAAGGAACUGCACCCAUUGCUAAUGAAACGAGCAUUGAGCAGCUUAUUGGCGCCACAUCUAGGCUUGAAGUCUCUGAGCAGGCCCAGGGUGGCAAAUUCAUUCCGGUGUGGAUGGAGAUCAAGGCACCCAGCAAUGUCAGGGGCAAGGUGCCAGCCAGAAUUUGCCUACUCGGGCGGGACAGGAUUACUUAUAAGGUCUUUGCUCUACCAGACGAGUUCCACACGGUUUGA